AUGCCCUCCCACCGCAAGAGUCAGCCUGCCGACGGCCAGCCUCUGCCAUCAAAAGACAUGCCCCCAUUCCCUGAAAACUUCGGCCCAAUCUUCUUCCAGAACCAAUUCCGCACCAAGAUCGAGCUGCCAACGAAGUCCAAGUAUCCCAACGUCAAAGGCCAAUGUGCCAUCAUCAGCGGCUCCAAUACAGGACUUGGCUUCGAAGCAGCACACCAACUCCUAACCCUUGGCCUGUCCCAUUUGAUCAUGGCCGUCAGGUCCACGACCCGCGGCGAAGCUGCUGCCAACAAACUCCGUGCGGCAUCUCCCUCUGCAAAGAUCGACGUAUGGCACCUGGACAUGGAAUCCUACGACUCGAUCCAGACCUUCGCGCGCAAGUGCGCCGACCUGCCCACACGCAUCGACAUGGUCAUCUUGAACGCGGGGGUCGCGCGGCUCAAAUUCGCAACCAGCCGUGCCACAGGGCACGAACUGACCAUCCAGGUCAACCACAUCAGCACACUGCUGCUGACCAUUCUGUUACUCCCGAUCCUGUCUUCGUCCAAGCACAAGUUGGCGGUGGCCGGCGGCAAUGGCCACAAUCAGCAUCAGCGUCCUCCAGUCCUCACACUUGUCAACUCCGUCACAGCGCAUCUAGCCAAAUUUCCGAACAAGGCCCAACGUCCGCUCCUGCCCAGCUUUAACGACCCAGCUACAUACGAUGCCACGGAACGAUACGGCGUGUCCAAGUUACUCAACCAACUGGCCACCGUCAAACUCACAGAGCUCAUCAGCCCCGACGACGUAAUCAUCAACAUGGUUGAUCCGGGCCUGACAAAAGGAACCGGGCUAGCGCGAGAUGCCAAAGGUGCCUAUGGCGUCGCGAUGAAAGUGGUCCUGUCCAUCGCAGGGAGGCCCGUCAAUAGGGGCGCUGCCACAUACGUCGACGCCGUGUUGGCGCACGGGAAGGAGUCGCAUGGUUGUUUCCUCAUGAACUGCAAGAUCGCACCACUCGCUCGCUGGUACUAUACCGACGGAAACACGUUGAUGGACGUCAUCUGGACUGAAACGAUGCAUGAACUCAACUUCGCUGGCGUCGAAGGGAUCAUCGCCUCGAUGCGAGCUUCGGACAACAAUGCGUGA